AUGCCCAUGUUAGCCAAUGCUGGUGAAACGAAGAUGAUCUUCGAGGUGAAGUGCUCCAACAACAGCGACUAUCGUCUCAAGCCAGUUUUUGGAUUCGUCGACCCAGCUGGCAGUGCACCAGUUGAGAUUACACACAUGAGUAGAGCACCCAAGGAGCACAAACUGGUUAUUCAAUGGGCAGUAGUGCCAGCAGAUGCGACUGACGCACAAACUGCGUUUCCAAGCAUUUCGGCUGAUCAACUUCAAUCCCUAACUGUCAACAUUGUGUUCAGCUGCAUAUAG